ACUGCUGAUGAGAACUACAAUGCAUUGAAGGACUUCUUCAGCGCCUAUCCCAAAUAUGCUCAAAAUCCGUUCUUUAUCACCGGAGAAUCUUACGCGGGGGUAUAUAUCCCAACUCUUACAAGAAGAGUAUUGCGAGGAUUGUUUGAACAGGAUUUGAAGAUAAACUUUAAGGGUAUCGCUAUAGGAAAUGGUGAACUAACCACAAAAUAUCAAGUAAAUUCAGUAAUAUUUCAACUUUAUACCUAUGGCAUAGUUGGUCAAACGUGA